GGCUGUCUCACUCUUCCGCUAUUUCCUGUAUGAGCAAGAACUGAAAUUGGCCAGAUUCAUGCCCUACGUGGCGACCAACCAUAAUGCCUUCCCUGUCGGCUGCUACGCCUUCCCUGUGGUGUUGAAAUCCACGCUCCUGGGACUGCAGGGACCCUGUCCCAUCUGCACCUGCACUAUCGGAGUGUGGGUCCAACAGCUGUUCCAAGUCCUGGGAUUUGGACUGGAGAUCCAUUCCUCUCUCAGCUUGCCGAUAUGGCCUGGAUGGUUUCCAGCUGUCCCUAGCUGGGGCAACUUUUCCAGAAGCUUGCCUUCCAGCUGACUACAGGCAGUGGUGUGACCUUAAGCAAGGUGGCUCCCUAUGCAGAGGUUGAUUCUGGUGCACUCGGGAACACUCCUGGACUAGGUAUUUCAGAAGGCUGAGAGACUUAACUCAAGGUCACACAAGCUGAUGUUAUUUUCAUUUGUAAGGUGUUAUUUCACAUUCUUCGAAUAAUACGAAGGCAGUUAACAAAAAAAAGAGAAAAGGGAUUGAAUUUAGGAGACUUGAGGUUGAGCCAUCUACCUUACAAGCUGUGUGGCAUCAGGCUGAUCUCGAGGCUGUGAGAUGGAGAAUGAAUAUAGAGAGAUACUGUUGUUGUCCGGCCUGGAUGAAAUCAAGGAGGAGGAACUGAAACGGUUCAAGUUCUUGGUCCCAAAUGAGUUUGAGAUCUCAAGGAGCAGACUGGAGGAGGCUACAAACAGGACAGAGUUAGCGGACCAACUGAUUCAGAGUGCAGGCCCAGCAUCUGCGGUGACAAAGACCAUUCAUAUUUUCCGGAAAUUGAGUUAUAUGCAUGCUGCAAACCGUCUUGAGGAACAAAAGCAGAAAGUUGAUCAACGAUCCAAAACUACAAAGAAGAAAGGAACACAGAAAGUAGAAAAAAGAAGUCAAGAUGAAAACUGUCCUGGUGCCUCUGCCACCAGCAGAGACGCAGCCUCCAAGAAACACUCUGCUACAGAAGUCUGUCCUCAGGCUAAGCCUCAGAAGACCCGGGUCAUGGCAGAACAGGAAGCCAUCAGAGAAGGUUUACAGAAGGAUCCCCUGGCUUUGUUGGUGCUGAAAGCUACGAUUCCUUUCGAGUGUGAAACUCGGGAAGGGAAGCAAAUGAUAUUCCAUGCAACGGUGGCCACAGAGACGAAUUUUUUCUUUGUAAAAGUUUUAGAUGCACAGUUUAAAGAUAAGUUUACCCCACAGAGAACAAUUAAAAUAUCAAACUAUCUUUGGUACAAUAACUUCUUAGAGGUGACCAGCUCCUCAACUGUGGUUGAGGCUGAUGCUGACCACCAAGUCUGUGUUCCAAAUAACAUCAAAGAUAAAGCUGGGAGAACUCCCAUGAUUAAGAAGCUGAAGACUCAGCCUCCUGGAACAAUUGUGAAUGGGAUUUUUAAAGUCCAGAAGAUAAUAGAGCAAAGAACGGAUAGAGUCCUAUAUAGAAUACAUGACAACACAGAGGAGGAGAUGGACGUGCUGGUGCUUGGAAACCAGAACCAAGUAAAAUGCGAAGAAGGAGAUAAACUUAGACUCAUCUUCUUUGAGGUGUCAAAAAGUGGAGAGAAAAUACAGCUGAAAUCGGGACCCCACAGCUUCUUUAAGGUUAUUAAGGCCACAAAGCCGAAAAAAUGAGAAGAAAAGUGUGCAUUGAAGUCAACUCAUCUAAAAGGCAUUUUGUUGAAGAAUUUUAAUACUGCUUCUUGAACCAGAUUGAGUUGCCUGAGGAGAGCAGUUUACAGCCUCAUCAUCUUAUCCUGUUAGUUCAAAAAGGAUAAAUACUACAAAAAUACUCUGUCAGAUGUAUAGCAAAACAAUACAAAUACAAAAAUCUAAUAAAAUCCCAACACCAGGCAUGAGAAACCCUCUUAUGAGUAGUUGGUCAGGGUUGUCUAAGAGACUCCCCAAACAUUACAGGCUAUUCUAUUGCUAUUGUCCCCCAGAGGUGAUGAUAAGUUUAUAUUGCUGAAGAUACCAUGUACUUCAGACAUGAGAUUCAGAGGCUUGAGCUUUAACUGACCUGACAAUCUUCUACCCAAGUAUUGAUUAUCUUUCAUGAUCACAGAAGGUGCCAUACAAGCUUCCAAAAGAGGGAAGCAACCAUCAGUAAUACCCAGCUGUGAUGCCUAAGAACCAUAAAAAAAUGACCACCAUGGCAAAAUAACCUUAAGGGUGAAUUAGUGUCAUGAAUACCUUAGUGGUAACCAACAAUUCUUUAGUUGGACUUAAGACCCACUCAACAAGAAAGAAAUCACUCCUGAAACCUAGCCAGCUCCCCCGGACUAGUGAACUGAUUUUAAAGGAGAACCUAUUACCACCACUUUACUAAACCAGCAUAAUCCCUAACUGCACUCUAGGUAUUUGUCCUUAUAUACAUAUAUAAGUGUAGUCCUUAUCUCCCAUGAAGAAAAUUUCUCCUUGCAAUAGAUAGAGACAUCGCAGAAAAUCACAACCAGCAAGAUAUAGCGUUGUGUAUCCCAGCUCUAGUGGACAUAUCUACAACAGAACUCUUGCAUCUAAAAUUCAGGGAACAUUCUAAAAGAGGAGACAGAAAGCUUGUCACUGGUGGCCGUGUCAGAAAGAGCAUCAGGUGGCACUCGAUUUUCAGGCAUUCGGCUCACCACAAUGCAAGGAACUGAUGGGUGAGGCAUGGCAUCAAGGGCUCUGGAUCCAUAAUGUUUCUUGCUACUGCUGUGUCUUUACAUGUUUGCCCCUGCCAUUUUUCUUUGGUGAAUGGGUGUGUGUGGGUCCCCACUGCCUUUAAUGCAGUGUGAUCAUCUCACAGAAAUACCCAUUGGAUUGGGCAUUUUUACCUGCAUAUUGUUACCAAGAUGAUUUCUUCUUAAGCUUUAUUUAAGUAAUGAAGUAAUUAACCUAAUUAAUCUUUGUAUACAAUACAGUGUUGGUUUAAAUAGAAUUUGGGUGAUUAAAGGUUUCUAACAAAUACAGCAAUGGAUUAUAUAGCUUUAGAGAUUAUAUAGAUAGUUUAGUGGGAAAAUUAAUAUAGGUAAAAGUAGGAUAUAGUGUUGCUCCUGCCCCUGAUAAAGCAGGGGCUGCAGGGAAUAGAAAAUAGGAAGUGUCACACAACUAAGAUUUAUAAAUUUCACUUGAUGAGUCAUAUAGACUGUGGUUUAGGUUAAAGAUUAAGAAAAACAAUGGAGUCCCAAGAGUUAAGCUAGCUCAAUUUUUUUUGUUUGUUUGUUUUAUUUUGUUUUAUAAAUCUUGAUGUUGGGCAAUGUGUUCAUGGGUUUCAGUGUACAACAUAGCUAAAAAGAAAGCUUUAAAUAAUGACUUCAUGUAACUAAAAAACAAAGAAUUGGAUGGUUAGUUAAGAUAAUUAUAUAGGCCUCUAAAAUAUGAAAGUUAAACAAGUGACCUAUUUUUUGGCAAUUGUAAGAGCUACUGCCUAUGUAAAUGGUUGUGGCUGAAGGGCUCCUGUCUGUGAGAAGUCUAAAAGAUAAGUGUUUGACUGAGUGUGGGUUUCUCAGGAAAUGCAUAAAGAUGUGGUUAAGAAAUACAAUGGAGUUGACCUGUUCCAGAAAAAAUACAUUUUUUAGGCGAUUAUAUAGUAACUGUGUAACUUUUGUUUAUAAGAAACAUCCUUCUCUUUGUAAUUGACUUAGUGUGGGGAAUAUAAAAAGGGUUUUCAAAAAAUAAAGAAGUAGAAACUUUUAUCCCUCAGAAAA